GAAGAGAAGAGGUACAUUUCCCAGCCAUCUUGUGGUAGGUAGUAUCUAGCGAAUUGUUCGCACCAAGCCUCGUAGAAUCGGAGGUGAAUUCCGCUGAAGGGGCGCGAUCAUGCCCGGGCAUCUGCAAGAAAGCUUCGGCUGCAUCGUAACCAAUCGGUUCGACCAGCUCUUGGACGAUGAAUCAGACCCUUUCGAGGUGUUAAAGGCGGCGGAGAAUAAGAAGAAAGAGGCGGCUGCAGCUGGUCUCACCAAGUCUGCAGCCCAAGCCGCCAAGCAGCCCAAGAAGGAGUCACAGAAGGACAGGAAGAAUCCGCUCCUUGACAAGAAAGAUGAAACACAGGCUGCAGUACCUCUGAAGAAAGAAGGUAUCAGGCGGGUGGACCGGAGGCCGGACCAGCAGGGCCAACCUGGCUCCCAGCACCAGGCCGGGCAGGGCGAGGGGCGGCCCGCCGCCGAGAGGAGGCCAGACAACAGGAGACCCCCACGUGAGCGCCGUUUCGAUAAACCCCUCGAGGACAAGCCCGACGUCGGAGAGAGAGGAGAGUUCUCUGCAGACAAACCUUUCGGAGACCGGCCCCCCAGAGGGCGUGGCGGCGGCCGUGGUGGGCGUGGUGGACGGGGCCGGGGCAUGGGCCGGGGUGACAGCUUCGACUCCCGGGGCAAACGGGACUUCGACAGACACAGUGGCGGCGGUGACAAACCUCAGAAAUCCGAGGAGAAGCGUGGCGGGAGUGGCUCUCACAACUGGGGGAACCCCAAGGACGAAACAAGAAUUUCUGUUCCCAGUGGUGAUGCUGAACAGACUGCUGCACCCGAGGGAACCCCUGAGGGAGUGGCACACCCCCCUGCUGACUCUGAGAACAAGGAGAACGAGGUGGAGGAACCAAAGGAGGAGGGCCCCAAGGAGAUGACCCUGGACGAAUGGAAAGCCAUGCAGGACAAGGAACGCGCCAAAGUGGAGUUCAACAUCCGCAAGCCCAACGAGGGCGCCGACAGCAAGUGGAACAAAGGCUACGUUCUGCACAAGUCCAAGAGCGAAGAUGUAAGUGACGAGAAGCUGAAAGACAGACCGGCUGUGAUUGAUGCUCCAGAGAUUGAAGCAGACACAACCCCUCUGUUCAAGGGAAAUCCUGACGAAGUUGGCCCGGACCACCACUUCCGCAAGCCCGCCAACGACAUUACAGCCCAGCUGGAGAUCAACUUCGGAGACCUGGGCCGGCGCGGGCGGGGGGGAACCCGUGGAGGAAGGGGAGGUCGCGGUGCGGGAGGAGGCCGAUCUGAAAAGCCAGGUGGAGUGUCCGUUCCCAAUGUCGACGACCCAGAGGCUUUCCCGGCCCUGGCUUAAUACUCUAGCACCGCCACUAGCCCGCCCCAUCAGCCCCUCCGGGCCCCUCCUCUACGAGGCUUGCAUGCUUACAACUUCUUCAAGUAUACGAGAAAAAAAAGACUGUCAUCACACCUGAGGACUGAAAUUUGUACCUGUUUUAAAAUGACAGAUAAAAGACAAAAAAAAAGCGGAAAAUGGACUUCUUGUUGAACUGAAGCAAAUUAUUGGUAAAAGUUUUGUAUUUAGAGACAUGAUAGCAGGGAUGUUUUCAUACAGUAUGUUUUUUUUCUUCAGAUAUUAUGCGUACUUCAUGGAUAUUGUUUUUGUAUUGCUGCUUGAAAAAAUGCAUUUCAGAGGUGUGUGUGUGUGUGUGUGUGUGUGUGUGUGUGUGUGUGUGUGUGUGUGUGUGUGUGUGUGUGUGUGUGUGUUUUAACCCCGAGGCUUUGGCUGGUUUUCCUCAUGACUUUAUCUGACUAUUUUGGGGUCAUCUUAGACGAGCUUUUAUUUUGAAAGGGGUGACUUUUAAGUCAUGUAUUACUCUGAUGUUAAACUCAAUACAUUUGAGUACCUUUGUACUAAAUCUUUUACUGUGUUUUAAAAAUGUACCUGUAUUCGAGUGACCCCUUGAUCUUAAUAUUCUUCUGCUUGUCAUGCAGUGAAAGGGAAUUUCCUUUAUUUUCCUAUUGAUAAGCUCUUAUUUUUCUUGACCAGUGGUUCAUGUGCUUUGUCCCUGGUCCUUAACUGCCUGUGUCUUCAGGGCAGCCAUGGCCCAAAUGUAUUUCUAGGCUGGUCCUUGAAGGUCGUACAGGCUUUACUACUAGUAACCUUAGGACCACUAUACGAAUAUAUUGUAUUUUUUGUGUGACCAAAUCUUUGUGUGUGUUUGUGUGUGUGCGUGCAUGUGAAAUUGAUUGGGUUCAUUGUAAACGGGAACAAUAGUUACUUAUAGGACUUAAAGUACUCCCCUGUCAUGACCUUGACAUCUUCCGGGCACUUGACCACAAGUUCAAAAGCAGCUCUAUCUUGCCUGAAGUACUUGUUAUUUCUGAGAACAUCGUUGUUUCAUACUAGGGAAGAUGGUCGACUGUGGACAUAUCUUGUUUCUAUCAGCACCAGUACUCUGAAACGUAAUUUGUAUUUUAUUUUUUCCCUGGUGAUCAUCUUUGCUGUUACUGUUCUAUUAUUGUUAUUAUUAUUGUUAUUAUUAUUAUUAUUAUCAUUACUACAGCAGCACUACUGCAUAAUUUGUCUGAAAGAAAUGGACCGUUCAAUGUGGAGCAAUCGAGUGCUACAGAAUGUAUGACUGCUAACCUUGCGUAUAGUCGUCUGUGUCUAGCAUUUCCAGUAGAGGAUUUAUUUGAACGAAGUGGGUAUACUUCACACCACAGGAUGGGAGGACUGCUCAUAAUAAUGACUGGAGCGGAACUAAUGGAAUGGCAUCAAACACCUGGAAAGCAUGUGUUAGAUGUAUUUAAUUCCACUGAUUCCGCUCCAGUCAUUACCAUGAGCCCGUUCUCCUCAAUGAAGCUGCCACCAACCUCCUGUGCUUCACACAUUUGGGUUGGGGAAGAGGUACAUUUAAGGCUGAAAGACUGAAAGCUUUAUAUUACAAUGCUCUGGAAAGACUUGCUGGUAAUGCAUGGACACAGGUGACUGGCGCAAGCCUUUUGUAGUACUGUUUGAGCCACUUGAUGGUAGACUUCUCUGCAAACAUCCCUGUUCUAAUAAAUUACUUAAGAGGUGUUAAAUGUA